CCUCCUUAGGAUACUGCUCACCCAUUUACCCUUUUCCUUUCUACUUUCCACCUUUAGCCUUUUCAUUACAUAUCAUUACUUUUCCUUUCAAACAUCAAAUAUUGUAGUGUCUUUCUCUAUUUUCAUUUCUUCUCAGCAUAAUUUCCAUCUACUAUGUUUUAUUCGUCUUCUACUCAGAUGCAAACUUUUAACUCAAAUGAUGCUAUUUUCUCUCCAAACUUGAAUAACAAGGAAAUGAACUUGAUAGGAAAAAUUGGUGAAUCAAGCCAAAUAAUGAACCCCUUUAUCAACCAAAGAAACUCUCCUCUACAUCAAAUAGAAAAGACAGAAGAGAGUGGAGAAAUUGGAGUAUUUGGAGCUGAAAAAUACUUCAACAGAAAAGUAGUUGAAUCUCCAAGAGCUUCUACAAAGUACCAAGUUGAGUAUGGAACUCCAAGUAUUAGUUCUGCAUCAACAUGGAACAGCCAAAAUGCACUCUUAAAGAAAGAUUCUGAAAAAAAUAUCAAAGAUAAGGUGCAUUCUAAGAGUGUUCUAUCAAGUCUUGGUUUCAUAUGCUCUUGUUCUGAUAAGAAUUCUGUUGAUAUCAGUGAUCAUGCAGGUGAAAUCAGUUUUAAUAACAGAACUUCUAAUCAUGGUGCAGUUCAUGGAAAAACAACGCCGAAAAAAGUAUUCAAUCUUGGUCUUGAUGAUGAUGUUUCAAUUAAAAUAAGAAAGCCUAGUUCAGAAAUUUUCAUCAAUAAAGAUGUUUACUUUCAAAAGCAAGAGAAUUUAAGUGUAGGAUUAAACAGUGAAAAGAAUAGUGUUGCUUCUGACUCAAGAAACCACCUUGUUAAAAUGCAAAUUCCAUUAGAUGAAGAAAAUAUACCAAGAAAAUCACUUGAAGUAUUUGGAUCACCAAAUCCAAUAUUGACCAAUAGCAAAAGAAUUUCCUUGAGCAUUGAUAAAAGGUUGAUAUUUUCUUCCAAAAUGGAAGAAAUUGUUGAUGCAAACUAUGAUGAUGAUGAUGAUGCUGGAAGUGAUGCAAGUUCUGAUUUGUUUGAGAUUGAGAGCCUCAAAGAAAAAUCUUCCAAUAGUUUUCUUAAUAGACGGACAUCAGAUGCUGCUUCAACUUGUUACGCGCCGAGUGAGGCGAGCGUAGAAUGGAGUGUGGUUACUGCUAGUGCUGUAGUUAUGUCAGAAUGUGAAGAUCAAAUGUCUGAAUUUACAGUAAGGAGUCCACUAAAGGCACCAUUGAAACCAAAGGUCAGUAGGGAGUUAUCGAGGCUGCGUCCAGGUAUCUUGUUGGGAUGCAAGAGCCACAAAGCAGUUAGAGUUGCUGGUGAUGCAUUCAUAACAUAUGAGAAACAAAGUUUAAGUCCUAAAAUUGUUAACAGAAACAAAAACAAUGUUAUUUCUCAGGUGGCAAGGUUUCCAGGAGAGACAGAUAUUGGUGCAAAAACAAGGCAUGGACAAUAUGGUUCUAACUCACCAAAUGCAUCAAAAUUACUCUACAUUUCACAAUAGUAUACGCAUAUUGAAGGUGUGUCCGGCUACUACGUGUUUGUCUGAACCCAGCAUAACGCCGACGCAUGGGGUUACAUUUAUAUUUUAUUUUAUUAAAUUAUUAUUAGGAUGUCGACAUAUCCGUGUCAGUGUAAUAUUAGUAUUUUUGUAUGUACUUUGAGACUUUUUUAAGUUUUUAUUUUUGAAUGUUUGCUUUAUGAAUUUAGCAUAUUGGACAAGGCAAAGAUGUAUUGCUUCUAAAUGCCACCUCAAAAGUAUGUGUGUUUUAUUGUGUAAUAAUAAUGUUGAUGUUUUGAUAUCA